CUCCCUUUUGCUAGGUUUCAUUUGUAUUUUUUUAUAAGAAUAUGGUUUCUACAAGUAGAAGAACUGGUGGCAAACCAAGGGAUCCUUGUUGGAACACAGGACACCAGGCGUAGGGCAAGGAGAGGUUAUUUGUAUCCAUUGCUCUAAGCCUGUGAAUGGUGGUAUAAAUCAACUCAAAUAUCACCUUGCACGGAUCUCUUGCCAAGAUGUUAGGCCAUGUGAAGUAGCUACUUCAGAGGUUGAGAAGGAGGCAAAAGCACUUCUUGUAGCAUAUGAGCAAAGGAAAGCUGGUAAAAAGAGAACAGCUGAGGCAAUGGCAGCCCCAAUCCCAAAUUUUAGUACUAUAGGGUUACAAGGAGAUAUAGGGGACUCUUCUUCCAUUGGGCCACAGAUACAAGGAUCAGGAAGUGCGGGCAGCCAUAGUUCUAGUUUUUUUGUUCCUUGUAACACUCUUGGUGCACAAUUUUUAUUGGAAGGUAUUGCAUGUAAUGGAGAUUUGCAACAUGAGGUAAAGUUAGCAUGUGCAAGAUUUUGGUACUAUAAUAAUAUUCCAUUCAAUGUUGCUUCUAGUCCUUAUUGGGAACAAUUGGUCAAUGCAUUGGCCAUGGUAGGUAAGGGGUUCAAGGCCCCAAGUCAUCAUGAGUUGAGUGGGCCAUUACUGAAGGAUGAGGUUCAAAACACACACCAACUAGUAGAAGAACUCAAGAAAAAAUGGUAAAGGAAAGGUUGCACCAUUUUAUUUGAUGGGUGGACGGAUGGUUGAAAUAGGACACUCAUCAAUUUUUUAGUGGCUUUAGGAGGACAGCUAGUAUUUUUAAAAUCAAUUGAUGUCUCCCAUGAAAUAAAAAUUGUAGAGACCUUGUGCAACAUGUUGGAUGAGGUGGUGAUGGAAGUGGGUGUGCAAAAUGUCAUUCAAAUUGUGACUAACAAUGCAACUGCACAUGUGGCAGUUGGUAAACUUUUAGAGGCGAGGCACCCAACAUUAGUUUGGAACCCUUGUGUUGCUCACUAUCUCUAUCUACUCCUUGAGGACAUGGGGAAACUAAGUUGGGUGAAGAAUGUGGUUGAAGAUGCAAGAAAUGUCACAGAGUACAUCUACAACCACAUAUGGGUUUUGAAUCUUAUGAGAGAGUACAUUGAUGGUAAGAAUCUCAUGCACUCUGGAGUCACAGACAUUGCUACUAAUUUCCUCACCUUGCAUAGUAUAUUAGUUGCAUUGCCCAACCUUAAGCGCAUGUUUAUGAGUGAAAGAUGGUUGAAGAGUCCUUAUUGUAGACAGGUUGAAGCAAAGAAGAUGGUGAAGACCAUUUUUGAUGAUAGAUUUGCCAAAGUUACGGAGGAGGUCAUCAAUAUGUUAGAACCGUUAGUUAGGGUUCUACGAUUGGUGGAUGGGUAUCAAAGCCCCAUGGGGUAUGUAUAUGAGGCCAUGAACAAGGCCAAAGAGGCUAUUCAACAUUUUUAUGGGUCAAACAAGAUCAAAUAUGAACCCAUAUGGCACAUAAUUGAUUAGAGGUGGAACCAACAACUCUAUCAACAUAUUUAUGUUGCUGCCUAUUAUUUGAAUCCCAAGUUUUAUUUCUUUCCUACUUUCAAAGAAGAUGCCGAGGUUCUUCUUGGCCUCAACAUAUGUAUUGAGAGAUUGGUUGAUGAUGAGAAGCUUCAAGGCCUCAUACUUGAUGAGUUAUAGAGUUAUAAGAACGCUGAUGGGCCAUUGUUUUCUUCACCUAGUGGCAUUCGUAGAAGAGCCACUUUGC